AUGGGCAAGCGAGAAAAGAACUUCGACGGAUCGGUCAUGAAGGAGGAGGCCCUCGCUGCUUUAGAAGAACUCUUGAGCUUUCACGAGGAAGACUCGCGUGCAUCUCAAGGUGAGCUGGAGGAGCUGGAUCGCCUUCGAAGGCAGUGCCAAAAGCGAUCUUUGCAAAAUCUUUUUGCUGACGGACGUCGAAGUGCAGUGGCCUUUGCUGAUGUUCUUCGAUGGUGGUGGGAUAUGCCCGAGGAAUAUCGGGAAGCAGCAGGCCUUGCAGUUCCUGCCUCUGAGCUCCGACAGCGACUGCGGCGCCAACCCGAAGAGAUGUUCAGGGGCCCCUUGCGCCGAGUAGCCUCUGAAGCAUCAUUUGCUCGACAGGCACUUCGGGGGGCACGUGCGUGCCUUUGCAGAACUCAGGGCAUUGGCUGUCAGGCGAACCAUUGA